AUGAUGUUAGACCAUGCGUAUCCUAAUUUGGAGAAAAAUGAAAACAAUGAUUUGUUGGUGCAGUUCCACAUGGAUAAUGAAAUGCUGAAAGUACUGGCAAGAUAUCACAAAAAUCAUCCGGAGCCAACGACAAAAGCUGAAUUCUUUGGGUUCAUCAAAGACAAAAAUUAUGUUGAUCCAGAUCUGGUUGAUCAUCAAAAAUGGAGAAAUGACGAGGAAAUGAAAGAAGCAGGUUAUGCAAAGGAGUUGAAAACACUUAAAAAUUUCAAAGAAACUCGAAACGAAUGGUUUGUGAAAGAGGAGAAGAAAAAGAGGAGCAGAAAGGCAACUCCAAAAGUUCAAAAAGAGGAGGGUUCAUCUUCUCAACCACAGAAAAAGCGUCAAAAUAAGGUUGUUGAAACUAUGCUUGUUGAUGAAUCAGAGGAAGAAGAUGAAGCUGAAGCUGAAGAAACAGAGAAGGCAGCUGGUGAAGAAGGUGACGAUGUAGAGAACAGUUCAUCAAGCUCGUUUAAAGAAGAAAUUGAUGAAACUGAACGUGCAAAAAGAAUUCAGGCUGAAGUUGAGAAAGAAAAACAAUUAAAGAGAAAGAGGAGAGAGGAUAAAGAUGAUGAGUUGUACAAUCCAUCUCCUGAACAUGUUAUAGAAUCUCAAACGCCUCCAUCAUCUGGUGGUAGGAAGAAAGCUAGUGCAAGAAAGCGCGUGAUUUCUCCACAAGCAGCAAGGAGAAAGUUGAUAGUCAAGUUGCCUAAACGCACACUGAAAUCAAAACCAAGUCAACCACCAUCACCACCACGUGAACCAUCACCACCUCAAUCACCACAUCAAUCACCUCCAAAACAGCCUACGCCACCUCAAUCACCACAUCAAUCACCAUCACAUCUAUCACCAUUACAUCUAUCACCACCACAUCUUUCACCACCACAUCAAACACCAAUCCAAGAACAACCUGUUUUCACUUCACCACAAAUCUUUCAAACACCACCAUCUAAACAACCACAUGUCCAAACCACUCCUGGUUCUUCAAGCCUUAAAGAUUUUCCUCACAUUCCAGUGAAUAUCCCACUUGAUGACAUUGGUGAUUUCAAUUUUGCGAGUGAUGAGCAAGUAAGAAGGUUGGAAAAGAAAGUUGAAGAAGUGAUGGUUGAAAACAAGAAGUUGGUAGAUCAGUUGGAAGAUGAAAAAGCUCGCAGAGAUGAGCAGAACAAGUAUUUCAAGUUAAAGAACAAAGAAUUAGAAGCUGCAAACGCAAAGAAAGAGCAUGAGAUGUUUAUGAUAAACAAAGUGUUAGAAAAUCUGAUCGGAACGUCUAUUGAACAAAAAAUUGAAGAAAUUCAAGUUGAGGAAGUGAGAGCACGUCGUCAAGCUGAGAUUGAUGCUGAGAUGAAAAAUAAGGGUAAAAAUGUUGAAGGUACUUCUGAAGUUACUGAAAGGGCGAUUGUUCCAUCUGUUAUUUCCGAGUCACCUGUUCAGAAUCCUCGUCCUAUAUCUGCAGUGUCUGGUAUAUUUGAAGAGGAUGUAUUAAUUGAUGAUGUUAUUGAAGAUGAGGAAGAGGUCGAGGAGGAUGAUGAUGAAGAGGAUGAUGAUGAAGAUAAGGUUGAUGAUGCAGAUGAUGUAUUUUAUGCGAGUAGUCAUAGUGAUGACGAUGAUGAUGACGAUGGUCAAGGAGGUACAAGUGUUAAAGUCACUGAAGCAUCAAAUGAACAGAAUGUCGAUGAUUAUCUUCACGACGAUGUGAAUGAAGAGCCUGAAAGUGCAGAAGGUGAGGGGGAGAACGUGGAUGAUCAAAAUGUUGAAAGAGAAAAGUUGAUUUUGCGUCUAGAGCCUGAGAUUGAUGAUACUAAUUUCAAGUUUGACUUUGAAGAUGAAUUGAAUGCAUUUGAUAUCAACCAACAGCCAGAUUAUCAGUAUAAGUAUGUUGAAGAGGCAGACAAUUAUGAUAGGGUUGAGGUUGAGGAUUGCAGUGAUGAAGAAAGUGUGAAUGCUGAUACUUCGAACUUUCCAACGCUGGUUGAGUUUUUCAGUCAAGAAAACAUUGAUGAGUUAAGACGGAAAGUUUAA